AUGUCUUCCCUCAGCCUCCCCUCCCCCGAGCACCGAGCCAAAAUCAUUGAAAAGUUCACGGAGCUCAUCGACGCCAUCGAGGCCCACCCGGCCUGGAGCCCGCCGAACCCCCACAAGGGUCUUUUCCACGUCUGGGACUACGUCAACCGCUCCCGGUACAUCAUGACGGAGCUCGACCACAUCCGCGACGGCGAGCCCGUGCGGUAUCCGGAGCAGAUCCCUCAGCAAGAUAUCGUGACACUCCCAGGCGUACCAGGUCGCAGCGGCCCCGACGCAGCCGCCGAGUCCUUUGUCGACGUCUGCGGCCGAUCGGCGACGGUCAACGAAAUGAUUGCCAACCCGAAGCUGCUCACCAUGAUUGGUCUCCCGCAGGUGGAUUACGGCAACGAUAUCGUUUCGAGAUCGCAGGCGGUUGUCGAUGUCUUGAAGCAGGCCAUCUGA